UGCGUCACCGCUAUGACCAUGUUGGUCUGCUCAAGCACCUACAUACCACCGAUGCCCUUUUUUCAUUCGGUUCUAGUAAACAGACCGCCGACGUCACCAAUACUCCCGCUUGCGUGACGUUCACGUAGGUACUCAUAGUCGACGGAAAGUAGGUAAGCAUUUCAUAGGCUUGGCAUCACUCCGAAGCGUUAGGUGCAUCACUUAGAAGCGUAUGUGUAUCACUACGUGUGUCGUUCCCUCUUCCAGCUUGUCUGCCGUGACCUUGAUAAUGCGGCACUGAUCGCGCACUAGCUUCCUCGCAUAUCCCUCCCCUAGGCUUUUCAAACGACGGCAUAAUAAUAAUGACUGGUAUAUUAUUUUCCCCGCCAAAGGCGGCACCGGCGACGAUGUCAACUCCUUGCUGUCCCACCACCCCGGCCACUAGCGGCGGAUUAAUCACGAACCGCUACCGCCGCAUCCGUCUCAUCGGCCGCGGCUCGCAGGGGAACGUGUGGGAGUGCGAAGACGUAAUUACCUCCCUCCGAGUCGCGUGCAAGAGCUUUCCCCACGCGGGCGAGUCUGCUUUCGACGCGCGCCUCGGCAUCUGCGCCGAGCUUUGCGGUCUAAAGAUGGUGUCAGGUCAUCCUAACAUAGUACGGCUCGUCGAGUUCGCGGUAGAUUCCUCCGAGGUUCACAUAAUUAUGGAGCUCGCGCCGGGCGGAGAUGAUCUACUCUCGGAGGUCAUGCGACGCGGUCCGCUCGCCGAACCGCUCGCCGCUAACGUUUUCCGUCAACUGGCGUCGGCCGUCGCGUUCUGCCACGCGUGCGGCGUGAUGCAUCGAGACGUGAAGCCGGAUAACGUGCUGCUCGUGCGAGUCAACGGCUAUUCUCUGCACCAGCGCCCGCCGCCCGGGCCGCCGCCGCUAACGCUUCCGUCGCGUGACAGCGGCAACCUCCGCAACGCGCUCCUGGCGCAAGCCGCAGUACAGCGUCCGCCGUCCCCGCCAUCCCCGCCGCCGCCACUGACGCUUCCAUCAGCGCCUUACCCUGCCAGUAUCGCUUCUAGCAGCUGCUUCGAUAAGAGCACAGUAGUAUCAACAGGGGUAGGCAGGACUGGAAUAGAUACAGCGGUUUGUUGUAGUCAAGAAAGUUCUAACGGGGGCGACCGUGUAGUGAAUCACGAACCGCUUAGUAAGAGAGACGAAUGUGGCAACAGCACCAUCACCAGCAACAGCACCGACAGCGGCAAUGGCAGCAACAGCAGCAGCAGCAGCAGCGAUAUUCAGACGCCUGCUAGGCGAAACAUCAAAAGCAUUUUCUCCAGGAGCUUCCCUGCUUCCCCCGACGCACGCACGUCGCUCACGCUCCUUCCCGCCAACCUCUCCGAUCCCCCCCGUAACCCAGCCUCCUCCUCCCCGAUGAACUUUCCCUCCUACUCCGCCUCUGCUUCCGCUCCCCAUUCCGCCCCGCUAACCCCCGCUUCUCCGGUUUCCCCGGUUUCCCCCGACCGCGGAAUCGUUGGGGUGAAACUAGCCGAUUUCGGCGCGUCGAUUGUAGUUAAAGGUGGGUUAUCGGGACGGUUGAAGGACCGUGGCGCUGGUACGAGGGGAUAUAAGGCGCCGGAAAUGGGCGGGAAACGGGGGUACGAUAUGAAGGCUGACGUGUACAGCAUGGGGGUCACGCUAUGUGCGAUGCUGACGGGGCACAUUCCUGACACGCCAUUGGUCGACUUCUGCUCGCCCAUCUGGAAGGGCGUCUCCGCCGAUGCGAGGGAUCUCGUCCGUCGGAUGCUGGAGGACGACCCGGAUCUACGGCUGAGCUCGUUCGAGGUGCUUGAGCACCGGUGGCUGAAUAGAAGCGAGGUCAGGAACCUGGACAUGGCGACGCGGUGCCCCUCGCUAUUAGCAUCGCUGUUACCAUCACCUUCGCCGUUAUCCUCCCCCUUCCCUGGGGCAGUGGCAGUAGCAACAGCCGCCGCAACAGCAGCAGCAGAAGAAGCAGCGUCCUCUAGAUGGGUGCCACGUGGCAGCUCGUCGUUUUCAUCUAUUUCUGCUGGCACAGUUGGUCUGUCAGCGCGUCACAGGGGCAUCUCUGUAACCGCAAGCUGCGCUUCAAUAAGCUGCGCCUGAACUCUACCGUACUUGAGAGAUAAUCAUAUAUUUGCUGGAUGGGAUUAGCUCCAAGUUUGAAUCUGCCUCUAUCGGAUCAGAUGCCCCCUUUGUCAAACAUAUCUAAGUAUGUUAGUAUAGACAAUAUGGGUUUGUGUUGUAGAGGGUACAACACUCUAGGAUAUAUAUCCAUGUACUCUCUCUUUCUAGUC